UCUCGGCCUCGGUCAGUCGGUCCUGGUCCUGGGUAGCGCCGGCCUGGUUGAUCACCUCUUGUGGGACACGGGGGGCUCCGAAAUAGCUCUUCCACCAAAACACACUCCCUGCAACCGCCGAGAGCACUUCGCUUCCACGAUGCGCUACCUCAGCCGCCGCCGCGGCGCAGCCAUCCACCUACUCUUCACAGCGAAGAGCGCCCCCGCCAAGAACGCCCGCACGGUGUUCGACGAGAUGCUUCCCCUGCUUCCCUCGCGCCCCUGUCUUGCGCCGCUCGCGCACGCCAGGCACGUGCUCGGCGGAAUGCGUAGCUCGUUGUUCUGCACCGCCGCAGGGCCCGCCGCCGCCACCCACGAACUGUCCGUGGACCAGCAGUUCACGGUAGUGCCAGGCACCGAUGGGGACGGCCCGGGCUCCGACGUCUCCGAGGUGGCCGAGAGGGUCUGCCGCGUCGUGUCCAGCCAGCCGGAACCAAGAAUCGCGUCGGCGCUCGAUGCGCUUGGAGUGAACAUGUCACCGGAGCUGGUGGCGGAGGUGUUAAGGAACCUGAGCAACGCAGGCAUUCUCGCGCUCGCCUUCUUUCGGUGGGCAGAGAGGCAGCAGGGCUUUAGGUACACGGCCGAGAGCUUCCACAACUUGAUUGAGGCGCUCGGCAAGAUCAAGCAGUUCAGGCUGGUGUGGAGCUUGGUCGAGGCCAUGCGGUGCCGCGGCUUGCUUUCUAAGGACACAUUCCGUCUCAUUGUCAGGAGGUAUGCCCGGGCGAGGAAGGUCAAGGAAGCCGUCGAGACGUUCGAGAAGAUGAGCAGUUUUGGGCUGAAAGCAGACUUGUCGGAUUACAACUGGCUGAUAGAUGUACUGAGCAAAUCCAAGCAAGUCAAGAAGGCGCAUGCCAUUUUUAAGGAGAUGAAGAGGAAUGGUAGGUUUGUACCUGAUUUGAAGACCUACACUGUACUUAUGGAAGGCUGGGGCCAUGAGAAGGACUUGUUGAUGCUCAAGUCAGUUUACCAAGAAAUGUUGGAUGCAGGCAUUAAGCCUGAUGUCGUAGCGUAUGGAACACUCAUCAGUUCUUUUUGCAAGUCUGGCAAAUGCGAUGAAGCCAUCAAGGUGUUCCGUGAGAUGGAAGCGAAUGGUUGCAUGCCAAGCCCUCAUGUGUAUUGCAUGCUUAUCAACGGGCUUGGUUCAGAGGAGAGGCUGGAUGAGGCUUUGAAGUAUUUCGAGCUUUCUAAGGCCAGUGGAUUCCCCAUGGAGGUACCUACAUGCAAUGCAGUUGUUGGUGCUUACUGCAGAUCCUCAAAGUUCCAGCAUGCCUUCAAGAUGGUUGAUGAGAUGAGAAAGACUGGAAUUGGCCCAAAUGCCCGGACUUAUGAUAUUAUUCUGCAGUAUCUUAUAAAAUCUCAGAAGAUAGAAGAGGCUUAUAAUGUAUUCCAGCGAAUGGGGAUGGAAGGCUGUGAGCCUCAGCUCAAUACAUACACAAUGAUGGUUGGCAUGUUCUGCAGUAAUGAAAGGGUUGAUAUGGCCUUGAAGGUGUGGAAGCAAAUGAAGGAGAAAGGUGUUCUGCCAUGUAUGCACAUGUUUUCUUCAUUGAUCAAUGGGUUAUGCUUUGAGAACAGGCUGGAAGAAGCUUGCGUGUAUUUCCAAGAGAUGUUGGACAAAGGGAUUAGGCCACCUGGUCAGCUUUUCAGUAAUUUGAAGGAAGCUCUUAUUGAAGGAGGCCGAAUUAGUUUGGCACAGGAUAUGGCUUUGAAGUUGGAUACCUUGCGGAAAACACCUUUCCGUGGUUGAGGAACCAUGCAUAUCAUGUAAGGUAGCAGCAUAUUGCUUUUGGUUCUUAGGAAACAAUUAAUGCAGGACUUCCAAAAAUUACACACUAAAUAUCUAGGUAUGCCGCCCUACAUUACCAGCUCUAACCAACAAUUGCUGGAAGCAAUGUGACUAUCUGAGUGUUCCAUUCUUUUGACCAGCAAACAAUUUUCAGCUAUCAGCUAACUAAGAUUUGCUUGGAGAUUUGAAAA